AUGUCCGUCUUGUUCGAAACUUCUCUAGGCGACCUCGUCAUCGACCUUGAGGUGGAGCAAUGCCCGAAAACAUGCGAGAACUUCUUGAAACUUUGUAAGGUGUACUAUUACAAUUUGAAUGCAUUCUUCAAUGUGUCCAAAGAUUUUCUGGCUCAGGCUGGUGAUCCCACUGCCACAGGAACGGGUGGAGAAUCAAUAUGGUCCUAUAUUGCCUCCCAAGAGGAGAAAGAUUCCACAGCCGCCCGGUAUUUCACCCCAGAAAUCGUGCCAAAAUUAAAGCACACCCAUAAAGGCACAGUGUCCAUGGCUGUAGCACCCUCUGUCAAUGGCGAGAAAGGUGGUUGCGGCAGCCAAUUCUUCAUCACGCUCGCAGACAACAUAGACUAUCUCGACGGGAAGCAUGCAGUUUUUGGUCACGUCGUAGAAGGGAUGGAAGCACUGGACAAGUUGAAUGACGUUUUCACGGAUCAAGAUGGGAGGCCAUUCAAGGAUGUGCGGAUAAGACAUGUCGUUAUUCUCGAUGACCCAUUCCCUGACCCACCCAGCCUAAUUCAACCUCCGUCAUCUCCAACUCGCCCCCCAGAUAAUUCUACUAGGAUUGCGGAAGAUGAAGACCCCCUUGCUACUCUUCCGGAUGAGGAAGAGGAGCGUAUACGCCGCGAAAAGGCCGCAGCAGCCUCUGCCCUAACGCUUGAGAUGGUUGGCGAUCUGCCUUUUGCCAACGUCCGGCCCCCAGAAAAUGUUCUUUUCGUGUGCAAACUCAACCCUGUGACACGAGACGAAGACUUGGAACUCAUCUUCUCAAGAUUCGGCACCAUUAUGAGUUGCCAAGUCAUUAGAGACAAGAAAACAAGUGACUCAUUGCAGUACGCUUUCAUAGAGUUCGACAAGCGAGAGGACGCAGAACAGGCCUAUUUUAAGAUGCAAAAUGUAUUAGUAGAUGAUCGACGUAUUUGGGUAGACUUCUCGCAGUCUGUGGCGCGGCUCAAUACUUCCUGGUCCAAUAAUCCCAAAGUGGGACUGCAUAGCAAAGAAAGGGGUGGGUUCGGCGGGCGUGAAGACUUGGAAGAAACUCGACGAUACCGGGCAGCUGGGAGAAGUGAUGGGAGAAAUGACUACGGAAUGGUGUUUGAAGUCCCAGCUGACAGAACAACUUCAUCGCGCAGGAGCAGACAUGAUCGAGAUCGGGAAGACCGUCGAGAUCGGCGUCGACGUUCUGUCUCUCCAGUGCCACGCGACAGAUCUGGAGAAAGGCGCCGCAGCAGAGAUAGAUAUUCUCGGGAUUAUAGGACACGCCGCUAG